UGUCAUCGGCUCCUCUCUGCAGACACACACACACUCACACACACCCACACCCACACACUCAUUCACUGCCUCAGCUGGUUUUCACACUGUGGCCACAUCGAGAAACAGUGUUUAGUUUUAACAUGUUCCAAGUGAAAUGUCCCCCUUGGCUUUUAUUAGUGGCCUCUUUGUUGAUGGUGAGCUGUCCCAGCGCUGAACAAGGGGCCCGGUGUGGUGGAGAUGCAGUAUUUGGGGAACUGGAAACAUUUGAUUACAACUUCAACUCAACCGACACGAGUCACUUUGCCUAUGGAAUCACUGCAAACUUAGUUGCUGUGUUGUUGUAUGGAAGCAGCUUUGUUCCUAUCAAAAGGACAGAGACCGGAGACGGGAUGUUUUUUCAGUGGGUGUGCUGUGCAGCAAUAUGGGUUGUAUCUAUGGUUGGAGACUUGAUUCUAGAUUCGCCCAAAUUCCACCCUUUCGCAAUGCUUGGAGGAGCAAUCUGGGCCACAGGAAAUAUAGCUGUUGUUCCAAUCGUUAAAGCCAUCGGCCUCGGCCUUGGGAGUUUAAUUUGGGGAUCCUCUAGUUUGUUGAUGGGCUGGGCCAGUUCAAAAUUCGGCUGGUUUGGGAUUGACCCUCAGGAUGUUUCCAGGCCGAUAUUAAAUUACUGCGGAGCUGGGUUGUGUCUGCUGAGCGGGCUGAUCUUUUUCUUUGUGAAAGCAGAUGUGGACCUGCAUCCCAAUUCAGAAUCAAUUCCAUUACUUAUCGACAGGAGAACUUAUUCAGGCAGUUACGGACCAACUGCCUCUGAGUUCUGGAUAGACCAGAUCGGACAGAAGACCAGGCGGGUCAUAGGCUGCCUGCUGGCCGUGGUGUCGGGGCUGCUGUACGGUUCCUCCUUUGCACCGAUCCUCUACAUUAAAAGCCAUUCAUCAUGCCAGGGAAGCUUGUUCAGUGGAGCCAGUGACUACGACCUCGACUAUGUUUAUGCGCAGUGCUCCGGCAUUUUUGUUACCAGCACGGUGUACUUCACCGUCUACUGUGUGGCUAUGCGCAACAGACCCAGGAUUUACUCCAGGCUCAUCCUCCCAGGUCUAUUGUCUGGACUGAUGUGGGCUCUGGCUACGUACUGCUGGUUCCUGGCUAAUAACUACCUGAGUGCAGUCGUCACCUUCCCCAUUGUCACUGCAGGAUACGGUCUGGUUGCAGCACUGUGGGGAUCCCUGGUUUUCAAGGAGAUUAAGGGGAGGGCAAACUGCUGUAUCUUCUUCGUCGCCUCCUGCGUCGUCCUGACUGGCUCCUCGCUGACCGCCAUCUCCAAGCUUUGAUAAUGCACAUUAUCUGUCAAUUAAAACAUCUGACUGUCAUUUUUCCUCCAUUUCCCCAACUCGCUUUGAAAAUGAUGACCUUGUUUUUUUUAUGAAACUCUUUGAAUCCAAUCAGAUUAAACCCAAAAGCAUGAUGGUGGAGUUCAGUGUCGGGUUUUCUUUGAUUUGCAAAAUGUCAUUUUGAACCAAUGGGGUUUAUGCUCUGGACCAGCAUUGGAUAGAGUCUCACAGGAACUUCGUCUUUGUGUUAAUUGAAAAUAUGCUUAUCACUUGUGCUUUGUUCAGGUGUUGGUAACAAAAUACACCUUUUGAAAGGGACUGUCAUGCAUACAUGCUGCAGAUGUAUACAGAUGUGGUGGUUGUAUGUGUCAGCACAAAAACAGAAUUAAACAAUUCUGUUUUUGUAAGACUCCACUAUUAAAAAUAUUUAAUAUUGUA